UUUUUCAAUAUUUUAAGGUAACAAGGUUGAGUGUGAUUUAUUUCAUCGUCACGCGAGUUUAAUUUGCCAUACUGUGGGGCACAAUGUCCGGGGGGGGGGUGAGUGCGGCCAAUGACACUGUUUUCUUUUUCUCUUCCACACGUGGGCGAGAUGAUUAUAUUUCUCGUUCAACCCUUUUAGUUUGGUUUUGAAAAUGACGUAGGGUUACCACAAUAAUUUUUGUUGUUUUUUUUUUUAUUUUUUUAUCAUCAAAGCCAUGUCUUAACGAAGGAAUGUUGAAAAAGAAAAAAAAAAAAAAACAAAACAUCAUUAUGAGUUCUUAUGUUGAUUAAUUACAAUAAAAAAUUAAUCGCCAAGUUUUUCUCGUAAUAUAUAUACAUAUACACGACGAUGAUGAAAAGUAUGCGAACAUUUCGCGACCGGCGGAUACCUAGCUAACAUCGAGGUCAAUCUGCAUAACAGAUUCAACGGCAUCAUGAUAAUGCAUGGAGCUUGUAAGCUGUAUUAUCACCGGAUAUGGACAAACCCGAUGAAUUUGCACUUGAAUGGACGUUUGGCAUCGUCGAAAACCACGGAGCAAGGCCGGAGCGAGGCGACCCGUGAACCGCGAGGUCUAUGAUCCAAGAUGCCGAAGAAGGUGGUGCCGUGCAACCGCGAGCGCGCCAAGGCAAUCCUCCGGGUAGGGGAGGACAAGCAGCCGCAGGAGCUACCGGACGGGGACAAUGACUCCGGGGUCAAGUUGAAGAAGGAGAUCGGCUUGCUCGACGGUGUGGCCAUCAUCGUCGGGAUAAUCGUUGGCUCGGGUAUAUUCGUCUCGCCUAGGGGUGUCCUGGUCAACAGCGGCAGCGUCGGGCUGUCCCUCUUCGUGUGGAUCUGCUCGGGUGUCAUGUCCCUAGUUGGGGCGCUGUGCUACGCCGAGCUCGGUACGAUGAUCCCGAAAUCGGGUGGAGAUUACGCGUACAUAAGCGACUCGUUCGGCCCGUUGCCGGCGUUCCUCUACCUCUGGGUGGCCCUGUUCGUCCUCGUGCCGACGGGCAACGCCAUAACGGCCCUUGCCUUCGCCCAGUACAUCCUACAGCCCUUCUGGUUGAACUGCCAGCCGCCCUACGAGGCCAUUCGCCUCAUCGCCGCUGCCGUCACGUGUCUUCUGACGGCCAUCAAUUGCUACGACGUGAAGUGGGCCACGAGGGUGCAGGACGUAUUCACGGGCACGAAGAUAUUCGCCCUCGUGAGCAUCGUGAUGGCCGGGCUUUAUUGGCUCGGUAUCGGCCACACCGAGAACUUCCAGUAUCCCAUGGCUGGCUCCAACACGGGCCCCAGCUCCGUCGCCUUGGCCUUCUACUCGGGCAUUUUCUCCUACUCCGGAUGGAACUACCUGAACUUUGUCACCGAGGAGCUCAAGGAGCCCUACAAGAACCUUCCCCGGGCCAUUUGUAUCUCCAUGCCACUGGUCACCGUGAUUUUCGUGCUCACUAACGUGGCCUACUUCGUCGUGUUGACGCGCGAGGAAAUACUCGCGUCCAACGCCGUUGCGUUCACCUUCGGGGACAAGCUGUUUGGCACCAUGUCGUGGAUAAUGCCGUUGUUUGUCGCCUGCUCGACCUUCGGGGCUCUCAACGGGGCCAUAUUCGCGAGCGCGAGGCUAUUUUUCGUGGGCGCGCGGAACGGCCACCUGCCCACCGCCAUAUCUCUGAUCAACGUCCGCAAUCUCACGCCGAUGCCUUCCCUCAUUUUUCUCUGCAUCGUUACCAUCGUGUUGCUGUUCUUCAACGACGUCUACUCGUUGAUCAACUACGUGAGUUUCGUCGAGACUCUGUUCACCACGAUGUCGGUGACAGCUCUGCUCUGGCUUCGGUACAAAAAGCCGGAUCUGCACAGGCCCAUCAAAGUGCCCCUGAUACUGCCAAUCACCUUCUUUUUGAUUUGCAUUGCUUUGGUGACACUGCCGUGCGUCUCUUCGCCCUGGGAAGUCGGUAUGGGCACGGCUUUCGUGAUAUCCGGUAUUCCGGUCUACGGUGUAUUCAUCUACUGGCCCAACAAGCCCAAAUGGUUGACAUCCGCAUCGCAUAAAUUCAACAUGAUGUGCGCGAAACUGUUCCUGUGCGUGCAGGAAAAUACAACGGACUAGACGUAAUAUGUAUGGUAUGUAGACGUGCAAUAUGUAGUUUUAUAGGCUACAUAAAAUCAUAUGCAUACCGCGAUCAGAAAAAAAAAAAAAAGAGAACCAAGUAAGUUGAAUCUACAUUAUAGGGAUACAAUCAUCGAAGCAUAAUAAUAAUAAUGAUUGCAGUAACAAUAAGUAAUUUUUCGAGCGAUAAAUUGACCAAUACAAAGUGCCCGUGGACUAGCUCAAUUUUACAUAGCUUUUAUUUAUUAUUAUCAUCAUUAUGAUUAUUAUACACACAUAUAUAUAUACUGAUUUCCAUUUACCAUGCAUAAUACCGCUGGCACAUGUAAUUGAACUCACUGAUAUUGUAAUAUGCAAGUAUUAGUAUGAAUUUUUAUAGAAUAUAGACUGUAUAGGGUUGUUGGAAAAACACAAAAAAACACGGAUAUAUUGUUUUUUUUUUUUUUUGUGUAAGAGAGAAAGGACGAAAGUAACUCUUAGCCAAAUCGUUGACUGCUACCUGCUACAGAGCAAUAAGUGCGCAUCUAAUAUAGUCUUCCUUAAACGUAUUUAAUUAAUGAAUGAUGAUGCGCUAGAUAGAGCAUUUUUUUUUUUUUUUUGAGAGAGAGAGAAACUCUAUGUAUAUUAGUUGGAUUUUUUUUUGAUAAUAUACAAUCUUAUAGAAUAUUAAAUGAAUUUCCAUCGGUACUUUUUAUGUACGCGAUUGAGCAAUCGAGUUGUUUACAGCGUUUAUACAUGAAUAAUUUUUGAAUCAUGUAUGUACAAUUAUCAAAUCAUGAAAUUGUUUUACGUAUCGGACAUGGCGAUAUUUGUAUUUCGCGCCAUCGAACUUUUACCGACCGAGAAGCUUGAAUUGAUAAGGUAGAAUUUUACCGCCACAUGUCUUCUUUUUUAGACUUUUUUAUAAAUUUUUUAUCGUGUUCUCGUCUCCCAAGCUCGUAAAUUUUAAAUAGUACGAUAAUUAAUUAUUUUUAUGAUGAACGUGAAAAAUGCCUCAUACAAUCUACAAUAAUUUGCUAAUUUCUUUUAUAAUUAUACCCAUACCUAUUCACAGUUUGAUUAUUCCAUAUAUACAAUUAUAGUAUACAUUUAUGCAAAGAUAUAGAUAAAUACGAUCUUUUAAGAUUGUACCUACGUGCUGACAAUUAUAUUGUAAAUAGGAUGUAAAACUAUUUAAUACUAGAUAUAAACUGCGUAAAAUUUGAAAACAGUAUCAUAAAAAAUUUAGAUAAUCACAUGCCAUUUUUAAAAACAAUGUGAUGAAGUUGGUGCCUCAAAGACUCUAAUUAAUAAUUGUUUACGUGUCUGUAAUGUUUUUCUUUUAUCUGCACAAAAAAAAAAGUAUUUUUAUAUCGAA